UAAGCUCGUCAAGCUGUAGAGUUAAGGUUUUUUUUUUCUAAUAACUGUGAAUUUCUUGGCGGUUGCGUGAAGAUUUACCAUGCUUUGUGCAAAGGGCAUCUUACUUUUCACAAUGGCUGUGGUGUUACUGAGUUCUUGUUUAAGGGCUGAUCCUGAGGCCUUUUCUAAAGCAGGUGCUGCUUAUGGAGCAGUCCCUGAAAACACUGUCCGUUUUGGCAAACUUUUAAUUGGUGGGCUAGGUUCAGUAUCUUAUAAUAAUAUGAAGACAUCAGCAUUGAGGUCAGUGGAGUCUGAAGGGCACCAGUCAAAAGAAGCGUGGUUUCACCCUUCUAGCGCUAAGCUGCACCGUCUGGGUUCUUCUGUGCAAUGCAGCAAUGAUUCAAUGAUUUUGCGCAUUCCAGGACAGAGAAUGCCACACUUUCUGGUUGACCGAGGAGAGGAGUCGCCAGUGCCUUUGUCCGAGAUGCCAGCUAGCUGUGGCUUCUCACUGAAGCGGGCACGCAGGGAUGUCUCCCUUGUUGCUCCAUACCGGGGCUGUCAUGUCAGACGAAAGGGUGGAAGUUAUAUUCUGCCGCUCCUUAUAAUGGGAGCUCCAGUGCAAAUGUCUUGCCCUGUGAGUCCUCUCCUCCCUUCCGUGACCUGCUUAUCCUCUGGCAUGAUUGUCAAAUUUGGUGUCAGGGCAGAUGAUGUUAAAGUUAAAGUUGAUGGAUCAUGGCAGCCUCUGCUUCUAAAGUAUAAUCAAUGUUCUUUUACAUUGGAGCCUACUGCUGGUUCACUGGUUGUCACUGCACCAUUCACAGGAAGCUGUUGGGAAGUGACGGAUACUGAAAUGCAACUCCCUUUGAUGUACGGUGACCAGGAAGUGACUCUUUCCUGUCCUCUGACACCGCCAACCAUAGCCCCAACCACACCUGCUGUCCGUGACCCAACUGUCAUGCAACCGAUUAUUAACCCUUUCCCUUUUGGAAGACCCUGGUGGUAUCCUCCAUAUUAUCCUGGUGUACCUGCUACCCUGCCUCCCACUGCGCCACCUACAAUGACUACAACUGCUCCUUUUCAAUAUCCUUUCCAGCAACACGUGUUCCCUCACCAGUAUCCCAUGCCAAUAUUUGAUCCCUUUUACUCUAAAGGUGAUCCAGCUGCUCCUCCAGCACCACAACAUCCCUGGUACCCUCCUUAUAUGAAUGGCUUCCAAAGCCCAGUUGAAGUGACCACUCCUGCAACUACCCCAUACCAGCCUCGGCACCAGUAUCCAGGUUAUCCAAUGUACCCACCAUUCUAUGGUCCUCAACCCAUGAAGUCUUUUGUGUCUCCAACUGUGAAAUACCCUUUCAUGCCCCAGUAUCCUAAGGAUCCAGUCUUUGGUCCCCGCAGCCUGAAAUCACAGUCUUCUCCUGCACGGUUAUCCUCGUUCUAUAGAUCUCGUAGGUAACCACUUGAUUGAGUGGACUCUGAAGUGGCAUUGCUUUUAUUGACACCGGAAUGAAUUAAAUGACAUCAAUAGUUGUUUGUAAGCCUAAUAAAGCUUUGACUUCA